AUUCAGAAGUAAAUGUUUAACAAGCGGAGUAAAGCAAUUAGCUAGACACGCAGUUAUAGCAUGAGUUAGGUAAAUGAACGUGAAGUGUAAUAAGUUAUACUGGCUGCUACUGCGUAUGUGUAACGUAUUGCGUAUGUAGCGUCCCUGGGAUGUUAUACCACCAUGAAUAAAAAGAAGUUGGACAGCUCUCAGGAAAGAUAUGGAAACCCACUAAGCAUUGAAACGGAGGAACUUCUGUGGGUUUUGACGGAAACUUUCUUCCCGCUAGGCGGCGUCUUCGGCUCAAUGCUGGUGCGGCCAUUAUUGUCCCGACUUGGACCUAGGAAAAGUAUGAUAUACACUCAGAUCCUUUCAAUAAUAUCAACUUUGCUGACGUCACUAUCGGUUCUUAUGAGGUCAUACGAGGCAAUUAUUAUUGGCAGAUUUUUUCUGGGAGCUUACUGCUCAAUAGGAAUUGGAAUUGGGCCAAUUUACGUUUCAGAGAUUUCGUCCCCUGUUGUGCGGGGACCAGUGGGGGGAAUGUUCGGCGUAGCGAUUGGUAUUGGGACCGUGGUUGGAAAUGCUCUCGGUCUAAAAGAGGUGUUGGGAACAAAAUCCGGGUGGCCAUAUCUUUUCGCCCUCACUGUUGUUCCAACUCUUGUCUUUCUAUCUUAUAUCAAAUGGAUCCCGGACAGCCCAAGAUACACACUUAUGACGUGUAAGGACGAAGCAAUGACGCGUCACAUCCUCACCAAGUUACGAGGAACUGAUGACGUAGACAAAGAACUUGAUGACCUUAAAGUGUUAGCUGAUGACGUCACGACAGUAAAGAUAUUGACCGUGAAGCAAGUUCUGACGUCACGAUCGUUGCGAUGGCAACUAGCAUGCACCACAGUCGUUCUUGCAUCUGUACAACUGACCGGCAUUAACGGAGUCCAGUUCAAUCUUAACACCGUGUUUCUAACAGCUGGCAUUCCGCACUCUAUAGUAAGCUAUGUAUCGCUGGGUGUCGUAGCAGCGCAAGUCGUUGUCGCUUCGACUUCGAGUUUGGCUUCGGAACGAUUUGGCCGCAGGACGCUCAUUUUGGCCGGGAACCUCAUCAUAGUGAUGAGCACGAUUCUGUACACCGUUUCCCUUGCUUUGUAUGACCAAGCAGAAUGGUUGUCGUAUGUCAGUAUUGUAGCAACGUUGGGUUUUAUUCUCGGCGUAAACAUCGGUCCUGGCAUUGUCGCUUACGUCAUGGGGCCUGAGCUAAACAACCAAUCAGCGCGUCCAGGAGUUAUGACGGUGGCGGUGUUCUGCUUCUGGCUGUCGUUCACCAUCGUUACUUUUGCUACACCUUAUAUGUUUUUAUACCUCGGUUCCUACGUUCUGUUACCAUUUAUGACGGUGGCGAUCGCUACAGUGUUGUUCGUUUAUAAAUUUGUUCCGGAAACCAAAGGCAGAAGUAUGGAGGAGAUCGAAGACUUUUUUAAAUCUGGCAACACUUCACGGAGGCCUUCAGCCAUAGCGUUUGUCAACAGAAGUUUCAGUGAAAACGAAAUCAACAAUAUUACUGUUUUAUGAAUGGAAACACUGACUUUUGGAGAAAAAAAAAACGUCUGUAAACACUGUAACAGUGUUAGAUCUCAAAAGCAGACUUUAAACACAACAUAGAUUAUUGGUCACAUAGCUGGCAGCAGUAAAUGCCGAUUUUGCAUUUGUUACACUGUUUCAAAAUGGGUAAUGGGCCAACUCUGGUCCAAAUCCCAACUUCCCAUACCAUGCCUCGCCAUGGGACCUCACCCUUAUAGAAUAAUGUUUUAAAUAUGGGUCUGUUUUAUUUAACUUUACAAUUGAAUUCUAUAAACCCAUGAAGACCCAAAGAUUACAAAUAUGUUUCUGCGCUAAUUCACCUUACUGCUAUUAAUCUAUCUAUAGUUUUUAUGUGACAACAAACGUUUAUAGUUUGUGUGUCUGGUGUAUAAGAAGACAACCAUGUUAUAACUCAACAGUGAGCAUGAGGUGUAUGAAUACACCAUGUGUGUCUGGUGUAUAAGAAGACACCUAUGCUAUAACUCAACAGUGAGCAUGAGGUGCAUAAAUACACCAUGUGUGUCUGGUGUAUAAGAAGACAUCCAUGUUAUAACUUGACAGUGAACAUGUGGUGUAUGAAUACACCAUGUGUGUCUGGUGUUUAAGAAGACACCCAUGUUAUAACUUAAAAGUGAGCAUUAGUUUUGUUUAUACCUUGUAUUAAGCAUCCCAAAGUAUGUAAACAACAUAGUAAGGAAGAUCAAUGUUGGUCCCAUUUUAAGCGCAAUAUAUUUACAAAAACAAGGGGACCAUUACGUAAGAAACAACACUAGUAAACUAACUUUUUUAGAAAUAAAACAAAUAAAAUUUUCAUGAUUUUCGUCGAAAAA